AUGAACAGGGGGAACAAGGAGAACAGGGGGAACAAGGAGAACAGGGGGAACAAGGAGAACAGGGGGAACAAGGAGAACAGGGGGAACAAGGAGAACAGGGGGAACAAGGAGAACAGGGGGAACAAGGAGAACAGGGGGAACAAGGAGAACAGGGGGAACAAGGAGAACAGGGGGAACAAGGAGAACAGGGGGAACAAGGAGAACAGGGGGAACAAGGAGAACAGGGGGAACAAGGAGAACAGGGGGAACAAGGAGAACAGGGGGAACAAGGAGAACAGGGGGAACAAGGAGAACAGGGGGAACAAGGAGAACAGGGGGAACAAGGAGAACAGGGGGAACAAGGAGAACAGGGGGAACAAGGAGAACAGGGGGAACAAGGAGAACAGGGGGAACAAGGAGAACAGGGGGAACAAGGAGAACAGGGGGAACAAGGAGAACAGGGGGAACAAGGAGAACAGGGGGAACAAGGAGAACAGGGGGAACAAGGAGAACAGGGGGAACAAGGAGAACAGGGGGAACAAGGAGAACAGGGGGAACAAGGAGAACAGGGGGAACAAGGAGAACAGGGGGAACAAGGAGAACAGGGGGAACAAGGAGAACAGGGGGAACAAGGAGAACAGGGGGAACAAGGAGAACAGGGGGAACAAGGAGAACAGGGGGAACAAGGAGAACAGGGGGAACAAGGAGAACAGGGGGAACAAGGAGAACAGGGGGAACAAGGAGAACAGGGGGAACAAGGAGAACAGGGGGAACAAGGAGAACAGGGGGAACAAGGAGAACAGGGGGAACAAGGAGAACAGGGGGAACAAGGAGAACAGGGGGAACAAGGAGAACAGGGGGAACAAGGAGAACAGGGGGAACAAGGAGAACAGGGGGAACAAGGAGAACAGGGGGAACAAGGAGAACAGGGGGAACAAGGAGAACAGGGGGAACAAGGAGAACAGGGGGAACAAGGAGAACAGGGGGAACAAGGAGAACAGGGGGAACAAGGAGAACAGGGGGAACAAGGAGAACAGGGGGAACAAGGAGAACAGGGGGAACAAGGAGAACAGGGGGAACAAGGAGAACAGGGGGAACAAGGAGAACAGGGGGAACAAGGAGAACAGGGGGAACAAGGAGAACAGGGGGAACAAGGAGAACAGGGGGAACAAGGAGAACAGGGGGAACAAGGAGAACAGGGGGAACAAGGAGAACAGGGGGAACAAGGAGAACAGGGGGAACAAGGAGAACAGGGGGAACAAGGAGAACAGGGGGAACAAGGAGAACAGGGGGAACAAGGAGAACAGGGGGAACAAGGAGAACAGGGGGAACAAGGAGAACAGGGGGAACAAGGAGAACAGGGGGAACAAGGAGAACAGGGGGAACAAGGAGAACAGGGGGAACAAGGAGAACAGGGGGAACAAGGAGAACAGGGGGAACAAGGAGAACAGGGGGAACAAGGAGAACAGGGGGAACAAGGAGAACAGGGGGAACAAGGAGAACAGGGGGAACAAGGAGAACAGGGGGAACAAGGAGAACAGGGGGAACAAGGAGAACAGGGGGAACAAGGAGAACAGGGGGAACAAGGAGAACAGGGGGAACAAGGAGAACAGGGGGAACAAGGAGAACAGGGGGAACAAGGAGAACAGGGGGAACAAGGAGAACAGGGGGAACAAGGAGAACAGGGGGAACAAGGAGAACAGGGGGAACAAGGAGAACAGGGGGAACAAGGAGAACAGGGGGAACAAGGAGAACAGGGGGAACAAGGAGAACAGGGGGAACAAGGAGAACAGGGGGAACAAGGAGAACAGGGGGAACAAGGAGAACAGGGGGAACAAGGAGAACAGGGGGAACAAGGAGAACAGGGGGAACAAGGAGAACAGGGGGAACAAGGAGAACAGGGGGAACAAGGAGAACAGGGGGAACAAGGAGAACAGGGGGAACAAGGAGAACAGGGGGAACAAGGAGAACAGGGGGAACAAGGAGAACAGGGGGAACAAGGAGAACAGGGGGAACAAGGAGAACAGGGGGAACAAGGAGAACAGGGGGAACAAGGAGAACAGGGGGAACAAGGAGAACAGGGGGAACAAGGAGAACAGGGGGAACAAGGAGAACAGGGGGAACAAGGAGAACAGGGGGAACAAGGAGAACAGGGGGAACAAGGAGAACAGGGGGAACAAGGAGAACAGGGGGAACAAGGAGAACAGGGGGAACAAGGAGAACAGGGGGAACAAGGAGAACAGGGGGAACAAGGAGAACAGGGGGAACAAGGAGAACAGGGGGAACAAGGAGAACAGGGGGAACAAGGAGAACAGGGGGAACAAGGAGAACAGGGGGAACAAGGAGAACAGGGGGAACAAGGAGAACAGGGGGAACAAGGAGAACAGGGGGAACAAGGAGAACAGGGGGAACAAGGAGAACAGGGGGAACAAGGAGAACAGGGGGAACAAGGAGAACAGGGGGAACAAGGAGAACAGGGGGAACAAGGAGAACAGGGGGAACAAGGAGAACAGGGGGAACAAGGAGAACAGGGGGAACAAGGAGAACAGGGGGAACAAGGAGAACAGGGGGAACAAGGAGAACAGGGGGAACAAGGAGAACAGGGGGAACAAGGAGAACAGGGGGAACAGGGGGAACAAGGAGAACAGGGGGAACAAGGAGAACAGGGGGAACAAGGAGAACAGGGGGAACAAGGAGAACAGGGGGAACAAGGAGAACAGGGGGAACAAGGAGAACAGGGGGAACAAGGAGAACAGGGGGAACAAGGAGAACAGGGGGAACAAGGAGAACAGGGGGAACAAGGAGAACAGGGGGAACAAGGAGAACAGGGGGAACAAGGAGAACAGGGGGAACAAGGAGAACAGGGGGAACAAGGAGAACAGGGGGAACAAGGAGAACAGGGGGAACAAGGAGAACAGGGGGAACAAGGAGAACAGGGGGAACAAGGAGAACAGGGGGAACAAGGAGAACAGGGGGAACAAGGAGAACAGGGGGAACAAGGAGAACAGGGGGAACAAGGAGAACAGGGGGAACAAGGAGAACAGGGGGAACAAGGAGAACAGGGGGAACAAGGAGAACAGGGGGAACAAGGAGAACAGGGGGAACAAGGAGAACAGGGGGAACCGAGAGAAUGAGCGGACUAGGAAAUGA